CUUUUCCAAAAUCAGUAGGUACACUAGGUGUUACUAGGUUGUACCAUGGAUUAGAGAUAACGUUGUACCCAAUGAGUCUUCACUCCGCACUGGAAAUGGCAAGUCCUUUGGAACCAGUGCACUGUGAGACUGAUGUGUCAUAAUCAGGCAUCAGGCGAUCCGGCGCACCGCCAUGUCUCAGCCCACCUUUGGCGGAAUGGGCGGCGGCAGCAGUCGCGAGCUCGACUCGUACAUCGAGUCGAUGCGCUACCCCUUCUGCCACGACGUCACCAAAUACGAGACUAUGGCCAAGAUUGGCCAGGGCACCUUCGGUGAGGUGUUCAAGGCGCGCCUCAAGACGGACCGCUCGCGUAUCGUGGCGCUCAAAAAGGUGCUGAUGGAGAACGAGAAGGAGGGGUUCCCGAUCACGGCGCUGCGCGAGAUCCGCAUCCUGCAGCUGCUCAAGAACGAGAACGUGGUCUCGCUGCUGGAGAUCUGCCGCGGCCAGGCCAAAGCGUCCAACAAGCACCGGUCCACCUUCUACCUGGUGUUCGAGUUCUGCGAGCACGACCUGGCCGGCCUCCUCUCCAACAUCAACGUCAAAUUCAACCUGGGCGAGAUCAAGAAGGUGAUGCAGCAGCUGCUGAACGGACUCUACUACAUCCACCUCAACAACAUUCUGCACAGGGACAUGAAGGCGGCCAACGUGCUCAUCACCAAGAACGGCGUGCUGAAGCUGGCCGACUUCGGUCUGGCACGCGCCUUCAGCAAGAUCUCCGGGACGCGGAACCGCUACACGAACCGGGUGGUGACGCUGUGGUACCGGCCGCCGGAGCUGCUGCUCGGCGAGCGCAACUACGGCCCGCCGGUGGACGUCUGGGGCGCCGGCUGCAUCAUGGCCGAGAUGUGGACGCGCUCGCCCAUCAUGCAGGGCAGCUCGGAGCAGCACCAGCUGACGCUCAUCUCGCAGCUGUGCGGCUCCAUCUGCCCCGAGGUGUGGCCGGGCGUGGACGAGCUCGACCUCUACAACAAGCUGCAGCUCUCCAAACAGCAGAAACGUCGCGUCAAGGAGCGCCUGAAGCCGUACGUGCGCGACGCGUACGCGUGCAACCUCCUCGACAGGAUGCUGACGCUCGACCCGGCCAAGCGGAUCGACGCGGAUACGGCGCUGAACCACGACUUUUUCUGGACGGACCCGAUGCCGACUGAGCUGGGCCGCAUGCUGGAGCAGCACAAACAGAGCAUGUUUGAGUUCCUGGCACCGCCGCGGCGGGGUAUGCCGGCUCGGCCGGCCGUGCAGCCGCCGCAGCAGCAGCGCGCUGUGGUGGACAACAUCUCCAGCUACCAGGACCGCGUCUUCUGAGCCGGGUUAGCGGACAGGGGUGCCCGAGCUGUAGUCUCCUAAUCGGGGGUCAGUCUGUGACAGCCGAGGCUGCCCAUUGUGUUCAUUGUCGCUCAAAUCUCACCAUGGCUUGUGAUUUCAUCACUCCACAUCAAGCAUGUAUCAUUUAUUUUUGCACAUUCACCCUCAUUUUUAGAACGCAUUUAGUGUUAGUAAAAUAUUGUUGGUAGACCGUUUUACCCAAUGCGUAUUUUGCUGGUGUGAGCAAAGCAUUAUUGCUAAUCACUCAUAGACUAGUGUGCUGUUUCAUCAAGACGUAUCUUUGUACUGGAGUUGCGAUGUAACGAUAUUGAUCUCGUUUGUACUCGCCCAGAAUGCCUCAAUCACAUGAAGAUGUGUGUGACUGUAGCUUUUGUGAUUAGCGUGCGUAGAUAGAACAUGUUUAAUAGAGGAUAUAGCAUACAGAGGAUAGAGCAUUGUGUUGGCGCCUUCUAUCCCCGCCAGGCUUCUAUCAGCUGCGAGGCUGAGAUUCUGAUCUCUAGUUACACCUUCUUCAUGAGGUGAGUAGCAGCGUAGAGUCAGCGCAGGCGGGGACUGGUGAGCGAACUUCGCACAGACAAUCGUGUAAUGAUCUCGCGCAUGUACCGAGGACCGGGUGCAUUGCCAACGUUUACCAUUGGGUUGUGUCGUUUUGUGACGGUUUUCUACUCGCACUGCGUUGUUGCCAAACGAAACGGCAUCGUCAAACUUGUGAUCUCACCGAUUGGUGUUUUGUAAUGUUUUGUAACACAGAUGUACAACGUGCAUGCCAUGUGAUGGAAAGGAGUGUGGAAAAGUGCACAAUAAAAUAUGUAAAAAUC